CAGUCGUAUCCGAGUGUCAAACUCCUUUAGCCUCUCAUCCAUUCCAUUAAGACGAGCUAGCUUUGUUAACUUUAAUUAAAAAUGGCGUCCGUUGAGGAAAUAUCUAAUGCUGUGUCAGAUGCUGUAGAUGAGAUAAACGCAAACUAUGACAACAUGGAAGGAGAACUAAAUAUGGAUCUGGAGGAGUCUCUGAGAGGCGGAUAUGUGUUUUAUAGGGACAGGAAAGAUUGGGCAGAUCUGGAGCCUGUUCCUCAGGAUGAUGGACCCAACCCUGUGGUAAAGAUUGCAUAUUCAGACAGAUUCACAGAUGUGUAUGAUUAUUUCCGAGCCUUGCUGAAGAAGGAUGAGAAGAGCGAGAGAGCGCUUGUGCUCACGACUGAAGCCAUUGACCUUAACGCUGCAAACUACACAGUAUGGCACUACAGGAGAGUACUGCUGCAGGCUUUGCAGAAAGAUCUGAGAAAGGAGAUGAAAUAUAUCACUGCAAUUAUAGAAGAACAACCCAAAAACUACCAAGUCUGGCAUCACAGGCGCAUGGUGGUUGAGUGGCUUAAUGAUCCAUCUGAAGAGCUGCAGUUCACAUCUGAGAUCCUCGUUCAGGAUGCCAAGAACUACCAUGCAUGGCAGCACAGACAGUGGGUCAUUCAGGAAUAUAAACUGUGGGACGGUGAGCUGGAAUAUGUAGAGGAGCUCCUAGAGGAAGAUGUGAGGAAUAACUCUGCAUGGAACCAGCGUCAUUUUGUCAUCAGUCACACCACCACUUAUUCUCCCCCAGAAGUGCUAGAGCGUGAAGUGCAGUACACCAUCAAACAAAUCAAGAAAGCACCACACAAUGAAAGUGCAUGGAACUAUCUGAAAGGGAUUCUGCAGGCUACGGGACUCUCGUCGCAUCCCGGGGUUCUUCAGCAAGUUCUGGAACUGCAGGAGACAUGCUGCUCACCACAUCUGCUUGGCUUCCUAGUGGAUUUCUACGAGGACGCACUCGAAACUAACAGCAGUAACAACAAGAUAGACACACUCAACAAGGCCUUAGAGAUCUGUGAGCUGCUUGCCCAAGAGAAGGACACUAUCCGGCGAGAAUACUGGCGCUACGUGGCCCGCUCUCUUCAGAGCAAGUAUGGCUCAGAAGACAUCCAGGCUGCAUCCAUCGAAGACCAGGAAAUCCCCAGCAAUAACUGAGAGAAAGAAAGAAAGAGAGAGAUAGAUAGAUAGUAAACCACAGAUAUGUAUAACUGGUUAGAGGGAGUAAGACUCUUACUUAGAAGCUUACAUAUCUCUCGCUGAACUGUGUUGUUUUAUGUAUUUUUGGUUUUACCAUAUUGGUAAAGCCCAUUAUGUAAUUUCUGCAAGACAAGUAGAGGUUGAAUAUGAAAGCACUGUGUAGUCACGUGCCGAGACUUAAAGGCUGCGAUGAAUCAGUCAUAGCUUACUAGCAAGUUGAAAGGAACUUUUCAGGAGUUCAGAGUCAGAAGGACUAAAAGAAAUUUAGCAUAAAUAAUAAGGCUAUACAAAUAUAUGCUCAAGCUGCAAAUAUAUACAAACCACUGUUGCCAAAAUAUUCACUAGCAAAGUUCCUGUGUGUCGGGUUGUUUUUGUAUGCUUACAAUAAAAAAAAAAGGUUAACACAGUGUUUAUUCUUGUUGUAUAGAAUUCCUUUGGGUAAAUCUGAUCACUUUAAAGAUCACUCAUUCAUCAUUACAUUGCUUUGGAUGAUAUUCGACCCAAUCUCUUCUUCAUCGCAUAUUUUAAAGGCGGUGACUAACAGUUUGAAUCAGUGCAGGAAAACUAAUUUGAUCUAGAACAGGUGCACAUUUCCCUGUGUGACUGGAGUUUUGCUGCUACUGCUGAGCAGAUGCCUUGUAAAUAAAUUCAGCCAGCACUCGUCCAUGGUUUUAUUUUUGUCUUUUUGGUACCCCUGUGUCUGCAAUAUAUUUAAUUUAGCCCAGUUUCCCCCCCAUUAUGCCUUCAUGAAGGGCUGCAGCUAAUAAAUUCAUACAGUUGUUCUGA